UGAAUCUCUCUGUGGAAGUGGGAGGAGUUGGAGAGGGGGCUUUUAAGGCAAAAUGUUUAAUGGUUGCUGAAUUAUUUUCGAUAUAUGUGUAGAAUUAACAUGAUAUUGAUAGCAAAAAAAUUUAAAUCAAGGUUGUUGCCCCUAUAUACAAUAUGGUGUUUUUACAACCUGAUCUCAUGGGAAUUCGUAACUGUUUUACGAUGUGGCUACACCUAAACCUAACCGUCACUGGUGUGAAAGCAAACCAUACGAAACGUCGCAAUAAAAGCGUACGGAUUCAUAUGAAUUAGCCACCACGUAAAAUGGUUACUAAUACUAAUCAUAUCAUAUAGUAAAAAAAUUUUAAUUUACAAUCAUAAAUAUGGUACAUUAGAAGCAAAUGUUUACAGUGUUGGCUAUACCUGUGAGUGUCAAAUGUUUGACAAAGUGUUCACAAAUAUAAUGAUAUAUAAAAUGCAUUUCAAAUCUAAUAAAAUCAAUAGGUUUUUGAUAGGGUUAGGGAUAUACUGUAGCUAAUAUUUGUGUCUUGUCUGCACAAAUAUAGCAUUUAAGAUUCAGUUUCUGAAAUUUAGCAGCAUCUAGCGGUGAGGUUACGAAUUGCAACAAACGGCUCAUUCCACGGCUCACCCCUCCCUUUCGAAGCACUAUGGUGGCUGACACAGGACAAAGAUGUCGUCAUGUUUUUGCUUCUUUGCCGAAGUAGAUAACGUAUUUACAAAACGCGCUCUGUAGAGCAAUUUGUCUUUUUAGGGCUACUGCAGAAACAACAUGACGAAUUCCAUGUGCGGUGUAUGUAGAUAGAAAAAGCUUAUUCUAAUCUAAUAAAAGCAUAAUGCUUCAUUACUGCGUGUAAGGUCUUUAUAAACCUCUAAAGACAUAGUUAUGUAUAUUAUUGUAAUAAACUCAAUAAAAUGGGAAGGAAGGAGGCGGGAACCGACGAACAUUCAAAACAUUUAAUCAAAAUAAAUAAACAAUAAAUCCAGCAGUAAAAAGGCCGGCAGCCCCUCAUGGACGACUGGCGGCCACAUGAACAUAAACACAUAAACAAAACUUAGCAUUUCCGGGCCCGGUCCUCUCUCGUCGGCAGUCCUGUCGCUCGUCCUCUUAUGCUCCCGAGCUCCCCCGUGAGGCAUGCGGGACCGGUGCGCGUACAGCUGAUACUCAUUAUCACUCACGCCACCGGCCCCGCCUUCCUGCCCCACGGCUCUCGUCCCGCUUUCCUCGCUACAUUUAUAUUGCAUUUCUGUCAAUAGAUCCUCCUAAAUAUUACAAACGGCACCUUGAAAGUUCAUUAUUUUUAAAAGGAAAAAGUAAUUUUGGGAAUGUCUUCAACAGAAUUAUUAUACAAGAGAGUUAUCUACAAUGCUAAAAAUAAUUUUCUUUCUUUAGAAUUUGUCUUUUAAACAAAUGACGCAGACGUCUGAGCUUACACAAGUUCUGCUGAGCUUUGCCAUUUGCACACCAGGAACUGUUUAUGUCACUGAACCAGCCUACUUUGUAAGGACUGACAGUUAGUACUUGGUACUUAUAAAAUGGACGUUUCCUCAAAGCCAGGAGAGACUUUGUUUGCGUGUCACAUCUCACAAGUUCAUGGUCAGUGUGUUGAGUGGAACCUAUAUAGCUCUGUAAAGACACCCAGGCGUCCACGCUCUCUGAAUCUAACUCACAGUACAUCUCUACCUGAGAGGGAAAAUCUGCCGAGGCACACACUUGAAAAUUACAGUGUCAACCAUACUUGCAAGUCCACGGAAACCGAAGACAAAAAAGAGUCUUCCUCAACGCUCCAACACUUCUCUGAUUUAUCCGAGUGCACUCCAUUAACAAGUCCUGAAAGAAAAACACAGUCAUCACACCACAGAGUAACACCCAGAUGGCAAAACCUUUUCAUCCCUCAAUCAGGGAUGAAUGAGGAUGAUGAAGACGAAGACUCUGAUGGAGACAACUUGCACAAGUACCAUGAGGGAUCAUCCCUACAACUUCAAGGUUUUAAUGUAGCCCAAAGUAUAAACACAGGGAGCUCCACUGAAUGCCGAACCGAACGUUCUUCAUUGAGCCAUAAGACCCUCAACUAUGAAAUAAACUCUUUCAGUAAAUCCAACGAGAACAAAGAACCUCAGAAAGAAUCUGCUACAGGUUGUGAGGAUCGUAGGGACAGAAAAGGAAUCCCUAUAUCCUUCAUGGAUUGUGAUGAACAGGACUGGGUUGAUGAGCAAGACUAUAGCAAGCAUGCUCUAGAGGAACCUGAUAAUAGCUGGGCUCAAACUGACAACCUCUUGAACUGUGAAUCCUUGAGUCAAAACCCAACAGACUAUAUCACUGACUCUUCCUGUAACAGCUCUGAUGGAGUAUUAGUCAACUUCAGCGCUAUCUACAACAAAACCAACAAUGCAGUUCCAGCGACUCCUCUUAACCUAGAGAGUCCUGAUCAUCAAGAUGGUUCCAACCCCAUGCCCAGCUGGUCACCUUGCAGUGUUGAUCCAAACAGCAACAUCUACCCACUUGACUCUGAUGGCUUUUCAUCAGGGGAAAUUUCUGACCUCGCUAUAUGUCUACAGAGUCGAGCACAGCUGGCUGGUUCCACUCAGAAUUACUAUAAAUUGGUAACAUGUGACUUGUCAUUCCAAUCUUCACCCAACACACCUUGGUCCUCUUUGACAAGUUUCUCUGAAACUCAUAGCCGGGGUAGCUGUUCUCCACCCUCCCAAUAUUUCCUCUUUGGACAGUCAGAGGGAGAGGAAAAUGAGAGGCCAAAGGUUGACCAAAACAAACACCAGGGUGAUGGGCACACCGAAGACAUGAACACCAGGGUCACCAGGGACCAAUUUAUAGAAACCAAGGAAAAAAUGUCACAUGUAAAAACACAUCACUCUGCUAUAAGACUGCCAGAACAUAACAGCUGUAAUUACAUCAAGACUCCUCAGUCACAAAGCUGGACUAGCAGUCAGAAAUGCUGUACCAUAUCAAAACAGGGGGUCCUACAGAAUAGUUGUCCCAGCCAUCUAGAUACAAACCUAUCUUCACAUCGAUCCAGGCAACACGCCACCUCAUUUGUAGAAAUUGCUCAAUGUAAGAAAGGAAAUAGAGAUUCAUCUAUAAAACAAAGUCCGGAGGGUCCAUCAGGGUCGUACUUCCCUAAGUUAUCUUCUUUUCAAAAAGAGAAUACCAUGUCAUUUAACCCCCAAAACAAUGACAAGAUCACAAUAGUUUCCCUGUGUACUGACAGCAAUUAUCAAUCCAAUCCAGAAGGUGAAAGUGCCUUGUCCCAAGAUGUUGUACGAUACACAAAAGAACAAAGACCCACCUCUCUCCCCAUCCAACCUUUUGUGCUUCAAGCACCCUCAGGCAAACAACAGAGCAAGACACUUGGAUCUCUUCUUAAUCAGUACAUCAGCCACAAAUACAAAAAGCCUGGGCCAUCCAAAGCUACCUGCAAAACCAAGGGACACGUGCAACUCUCACCUGUUGGAUAUUACUCCACCAUCCACCUGGAGACAACCCCCAGUUCAGACACUUGUUCCACCUGCACAUCAAGUCCCGUUUUACCCUCCAGUCGCCCUCAGUGUACCCACCCCUGCACGCUGUUGGGACACAUUCAACAGAACAAAACCCCGGAUGAAUCCGAGAGUCCAAAAGCUUGCUCAAGCCAACAACAUCCCUUGACUGGAAAACAUCAAACUUAUUCUUCGUCUUUUACGUCCACAAAACAAGAUCCAAAUUGUCUUCCAGAGCAAGUGUCUCUUGUUCAGAGCCAGACUCCAUCGGUAAUCAGAGAGGAACUGUCGGCUGUAAGUUUUCAGGAUGAAUCCUACCCUUCUCAACAUGGAUCUUCCCCUGCCAUCACACCAGUGACCUCCAUCCCAUCCCUUAUCUAUUUACCGGGGAAUGGACGAAGAUCCCUGUCGCCAUUUGAGGUGUGCACGAAAGAAAGACUUGGCUCCAACAUCUGCCAUUUCUUUGGCUCAAUUAUGCCGCCUUGUGCUAAAAAGGAACGUCGACCUGGUGACUCAUUCUCCAGGAUGGACAGACCAACUGAAGAGUCCUCCUUUUCCCCAGAAGACCCUUCAGAACCUUUCUCAGUUGAAGCACUGCACAAGAAAAGUAUGUUGAAGGAUUUGAGUUUGGCAGUGGAUCAUAUAACAGCUCAUUUCAGCUCAAUACAAGAACCAGAGGAAAAGAUCAGACUUGGAAAUAGUUCACUGUGCAGCAGUAUCAGGCAACUUGUCUUUAAACACCUCUGCCCUGCAAUCCAGAACAUUCUUCAAGAUGGUCUGAAAGCCUAUAAAUUGGAUUUAAUCAUAGGACAGCGACGCAACAAAUUAUGGAAUGUCAUAGAGGCCACUGCCCAUCCAGGCUCAUCCACCCGAAUUCCUGACAGCUUGGUGUCUGUGGUAAAGAAAUGUGCAGAUUUAUCAAAUCAUAGCACGAGGCUCUAUGUCUUCAUCAUAGAACUGCUGAAUUUACGUGCUUUGGAGUUCUGGAUUCGUCAUUUGUACAGUUGUGCAGACAUUGUCGGGGACCAUUAUCACCAAUGGGGUUUCAUUUCUCUGGCUCAGAGGCCAAUGUAUGGACCACUGUUCCAGGAGCUGCUCCUUUUGCUUCAGCCACUUUCCUCGCUACCCUUUGACCUUGAUGUGCCAUCUAAAACUCACAUUCAAAAUGAGCAAAAGCAAGACCAGACAGCAACCUUGCCUCAUAUGCUUCUCGCUCAGUCAUCUCAAAUGCUUCAGAUGAGCUCUAUACAGAGGAACGCCGAGAGUGAUGUCUCAAGAAACAAGGUAACAAGCGGGUAUUGGCUCGACCAGACUCCCACUUCAGCGUGUGAAUCGACUGUCUGCUAUUCUGACUGUACACAUAAGAAAGAGGAUAAAGAAACCAGAAUGGAAAAGAAUGACAUUCCAGAGUCUACACAAAGGUCUCAGGAUGACAAAUCCUUGAGCACACUGCGUUGGGCCAGACUUUUUGGGUCUGUAGGUGGAACCACAGUUGGGCCAACAAAAGCACAAAAGAACAUAAGUGGAAGCAUGAGGCGGCCCUCAGAAUGGCUGAAGAUUGUUGCAUCACAAGUGGACCUGCUUGCACAGUCAGUGUGGACAGGGAAACGGUCAGAGAGCAUUAAAGUGAACCACGACAGAGAUUCAGCAAAUACAGAGCAUAUACUGAAUCUAUACUGAGCUGUAGU